GCCCCAACCCUGCAGACAGAUGACUCUGGAUGAAUGACCUGCACAUAAAACCAGUGAGGGAGUGGCAUCAGACUCUACAGACAGACAGACAGACAGACAGACAGAGAGGACGGCUGAGACAGAAACAAGUGGAUGCAGAGGACAGUCAGCUGCAGCCAUGGGGAGCAGAAAAAUGUCCUUUUUUGAGACAUGGAGGAGCAAGACGGAGAGAGGAGAACUUCUGCAGAGAGCCAAUCAGCUGAGACUUCUUCCUUCACAGCUGGAGCAGCUGCUAGGUGACAGUGGAGUUCGGGCAGAGCUGCAGAAUACCAGGAUUGCGUCUCUGCUGCCCCCUGUUGGUACAGAGGUCUUCAGACGAUUGACAUCAGCUUCACUGGAGGAGAUACAACAACGGCAUGAAGCGGAGGAGAAGGAGCGACCGAAGAAGAAGAAGAAGAACGAAAAGGUGGCGAAGAGUGACCUGCCCAAACCAGCCAGUGACCUGGAGGCAGGGAAGCAACUCCCAUUCUUCUAUGGGGACCCGCCCCCUGAGCUUCUGAACACCCCUCUGGAGGAGCUGGAUCCCUACUACCAGUCAAAGAAGACGUUCAUCGUGCUCGGUAAAGGAAACAUCAUCCACAGGUUCAAUGCUGAGUCGGCCUGUUACCUGUUGAGUCCAUUCAACCUGCUGAGAACCGCCGCCAUCAAGAUCCACAUUCACUUGUUAUUCCGUUUGUUCAUCCUGGUGACGGUUCUGACCAACUGUGUGUUCAUGACGAUGAGUAAUCCUCCAGAAUGGAGAGAGACUGCGGAACAUGUGUUCACAGCCAUCUACACGCUUGAAGUCCUCAUAAAGAUGAUGUCCAGAGGCCUCUGUUUCAGAAGUUUCACUUUCCUCAGAGACCCCUGGAACUGGCUGGACAUCCUGGUCGUCCUCACAGGAAUCUGACCUUUUAUGGAAUCAAGGUUGUAUUACUUCAAUUUCUUCAGAGCCCCCAAGAAGUGGCUGAACUCCAUGAUCGCCGGCAAGAUG